UCUUUCAGCCCAUUUGGUCAUCAUGUUCGUCUACCUGCUGCUCCUCACAGUCAUCGUGACUGUCGAGGCUCAGCGAGUUCCAGGUCAACAGAAGACUGAUUCAUGUUUGUGUAAAAUAAAUAGCUCUAUCUGGACUUUCCCUGCUGUGCAGUUUAUGGAAGUCACAAGACAGGUCCAGAUCUGUGAGGACAACCUGAAUGAGUUUGAGGAAAAGUUGAGGAACACAAAUGCAGAACUGCCGAUGAUGGAAGCCACUCUGCAGAACAUCUCAGCCCGUCUGAAAGCAUUUGGUUACCUUCACACAAGUGGACUGUACAGCGCACUUCAUCUGCAACAGCUGAACCAGGAACUUGAGGAAAUCCAUCAAUCUGUCAAUGAAACGCACAUGCAGAACCCCAACAAAGAGACGCAUAACCUACUCAGUGAGUUAAAUAAGGCGAAAAAUGAUGUCCAGAGGAUGUACAAAGAUGAUUUCUUCAACCUAGAGACCAUGAAGAAGAGGUUACGUGACCUCAACAACCGUGCACAGAGUUGCAAGACCAUGCCAAAUGAUUUCAGAAGUACCUGCCAUCAGCGCAUCAUGACCAGAAUAAGUUCUCCAAGCAUGACCAAGCUCAAUUCCAUCAGCAAGUCCUAUAUUUCAGGUGCUUGGGGCCGUGAUGCCCUGCUAAGCAAUAAGGAACGCUAUUGGGAACACUGUCUGGUGAGUGGACACAAACAUGGCAACACAAUCAGGAUGUACAACUCACGUGAAGACUUCAUGGCUAACAGGAACUACAAGGACGAACAGAUAGCAUCAUCCUACAGUGACAAAAAUGCCGUUCAGGGCUCUGGCACUAUUCUGUACGACAACACUGUAUUUUAUCAAUGCUACAGCACCGCUGAGAUCUGCAGCUUCAACAUUACGACAAAAGCGACCAAACGUAUGAAACUGGAGGGUGCUGGAAUCGACAAGUUCCCUUUCUGCUACUACAGCUGCCGUGAUUGGACAAACAUCGACCUGGAGGCUGAUCAGGACGCCGUGUGGGUGAUAUACGCCACCGAGGAGAACCACUACCUUUUUCAUCUAACACUCAGAAUUAAUUUAGAGCUGUCUUUAAACCCCAUCAAUUACGGAAUAGUUUUUGUGCCUGACCGGCAUGACUAA